AUGUCAGAGCAAAGAUGGGUCCGACUGUCCACCGAGGAGCCCACCAGCACCGUCUGUGUGCUGGGCACAGAGAUGUCCCUUGAUGUCUGCGGGUAAGGAAGGCAAUUGCCCUUAUUCGUUUGCUCAGUGGUGGGGAUUCUCCGGCCUCUGGAGCAUGCACAGAGGGCCGAAGGGAAGGCGUAAAAUCUUGCUGAACGGUGCAUGAUGCGGGAAGUAUUUAGCAAAUAUAGCAGGCAUCAACCCAAAUCAUCUCCGAGUCAGCCUGCUAUAUUUCCCUAAAAACAGGGAAGUUUUUAAUGUUCGAUUGGGUUUCUGUAUAUGCUGGAAGUCGCCCAGAGUGGCUGGAACUACCCAAUCAGAUGGGUGGGGUACAAAUAAUAAUAAUAAAAAUAAUUUUUAUUAUUUAUACCUCGCCCAUCUGGCUGGGUUUUCCCAGCCACUCUGGGCAGCUUACAACACAUAAAAACAUGUAAAACAUUAGACAUUAAAAAUAUUAUGAAAUUAUUAUAUGGGCUGUGACUUUCAGUGCCAGCUGUGGGAGUGGGUUUGCAGGGCUGAGUCCUGGUCCAGAUCAUGGGCCCCAAAGGGUUAACAUAAUGUACCUGGAGCAGACUCAGAUUGAAGCUGGGGAGAGUCCAAAAUUUAUUGGGGGGGGGCACAGUGUGUGUUUAAAGCUUGCUAUUUCCCCCAGUGAAUCCUGGGAACUGUAGUUUGUGCAGGGUUCUGGGAAUUGCAGCUCUGUGAAGGGUAAACUACAGUUCCCAGGGCAGGUUACACAAUUAAAAAACAAUUUUUAAAACAAUUUUAAACAACUUAGUCACAGAAACAAGAUGGGUCCUAUGUUGUGGAGCCACACGUUGCACAAUUUCAGAGGCAAGAUUUGUUUUAAAGGAGUGAGCUCUCGCGGUAUGUUCUCCAAGAGUGAGUUCUAGUUUUGAGUUUUUGUGUUUGGUCAGGUUAUAAAAAGAAAACCAUUUGUUUAAAUAUAUCACAACACAUUUUCUUUCUGUCUGCACCCUAUCAGGUGUUGUAUAGACCUGUAAUUGAUCCCACCAGCAGAGAAUCGAAAAUGUUGAUGGGGGAUUUGGGGGUAGUGAGGAGUGUAAUUGAUCCUUAUUUGAUUCGAUUAUUUGAUUUGAUUUUGACUACGGACAAUCUUUAUUGAUUAUUUCCCCCCCUCCGAUUGGUAAGGAUUCCACCUGAUUUGCUUCUGUUGGGCUUAGAUGCCUUCUCAUCAAUGAUUUGUCCAACACACACAUUUCAGAGCCUUUCUGCCUCACUUUCCUAACUGCAAAAAAGUCUCCUUUUAAAAAGUGGAUUUGUUACACUGUUUAUUUUAUAAACUUUAUACACUGCUUUGAUUGUUUGAGGACAAAACCUCAAAGCGGUUUACAAAAAAGAUAAAGCAACAGAAUUAUUACCAAGAAAAAUAAACAACCAUAACUUAAGACUUUUGAAAAGUCAAAAUAACAUUCGACUAAAAACAGAUCAAAACUCACAUCGACAUUUCUAAGCAUCUGGGGAGGCUUGUCCAAAGGAAAAUGUUUUAGCAGGUGCCGAAAAGGGGGGGGGGGGUGAAGUCGCCUGCCUGAUAUCAAUUGGCAGGGAGUUCCAAAGUGCAGGUUCUGCCACACCAAGAUUGAGUUCUUACAAGUGUGGAAAGGGUGUUAUGUUGCAGCUAUAACACUGCCAGUUCCGCCGACUGAAGGGCAACAGAGUUCUUCAGUCCACAAAUUUCUGUGCUUGAGAAUCCUCCCCCCCUCCCGCACCCCGCAAAAUUUUUUACUGACAAAUACUAUAUACUGUGGUGGAAACCUGAGUUUACAAAAUGUGGGGUAAAUCUGAAUGCCCAGUGGUGUGGAGGCAACCAUCAUUCCCAAAGUCUUUUCUUAUGAACAUAAGAAGACCCUGUGUCUCGUCUAGUCCAGCUUCCUGUUCUCACAGUGGCCGGGCAGUUGCCGCAAUGGGGAGCCCACAGCAGGAUCCGAGCACAAGAGCCCUCUCCCCUCCUGGGGGUUUCCAGCAACUGGUGUUCAAAAGUAUUGCCACCUCUGACUGUGCAGGCAGAGCAAGCCAUUGUGGCUGGUAUUCUUAUCCAAAAUAGUCACCAUGAAUUUGUCCAAUCCUCUUUUAAAGCCUUCCAAGUUGGUGACCAUCCUUGUUUCCUGUGGGAGGGAGUUCCGUAGUUUAACUCUGCACCACAUCAAAAAAAUUCUUCCUUUCAUCCAUCCUGAUUCUUCCAAUAUUCGGCUUCAUCCUGGCUUGUAGCCAUCAGUAGGCUCCUCCUCCAUGAAUUUCCUGUGGCAUAUUCUCUGUCCUUCUGGGGAAGAGAACUCCUUCCCUUGUUUUGCUCACUCUGUGCCCUUUAACAAACAAAGCCAGUGAUGGCAAUGAACUCACAACCUAAUCUGAAAGUUUAAUUGGCAAUGGGUGAUGCCUGCAAUGAGCCAUUUGUUUUGCUCUGUUGAGCUAAAGCCACCCAGCUAGCUCGUUCCCAGAUUGCUCCCCUGCGUGCUUCCGGAGGAAAUAAUAGAAUCAUAGAAUUGUGGAGUUGGAAGAGAUCCUAAGGGUCAUUUAAUCCAAUCUCCUGCAAGGCUGAAGUCUCAACUAAAGCAUCCAUGACAGAUGGCCACCUGAUCUCUGCUUCAAUACCUCCACUGAAGGAGAGUCCACCUUCUGAGAGAGCCCGUCUCACUGUCGAAUGGCUCUUACUGUCAGAAAGCUCAUCCUGAUGUUUAGGCGGACCCUCCUUUCUCGUAACUUGAAUCCAUUAGUUAAUUUCUAUUCCACCUUUCCAUUAAUCCUCACAACAACCUUGUAAGGUAGGUUAGGCUAAAAGUGAGUGACUGGCCCCCACGGCCACCCAGUGAGCUUCCUGGCUGAGUGGGGAUUUGAACCCUGGUAUCCUAUGUCCUAAGGGAUGUGGGUAGCGCUGUGGGUUAAACCACAGAGCCUAGGACUUGCCGAUCAGAAGGCCGGCAGUUCGAAUGCCCGUGAUGGGGUGAGCUCCCGUUGCUCGGUCCCUUCUCCUGCCAAGCUAGCAGUUCGAAAGCACGGCAAAAAGUGCAAGUAGAUAAAUAGGUACCGCUCCGGUGGGAAAGUAAACGGUGUUUCCAUGCGCUGCUCUGGUUCGCCAGAAGCGGCUUAGUCAUGCUGGCCACAUGACCCGGAAGCUGUACGCUGGCUCCUUCGGCCAAUAAAGCGAGAUGAGCGCUGCAACCCCAGAGUCAUCCGCAACUGGACUUAAUGGUCAGGGGUCCCUUUACCUUUACCUAUCCUAGGUCCUGGCCCGACACUCGAUCCACUACACCACAUGGCUCUCCAGAGCAGGAGAAAACAAGCUUGCUCCAUCUUCCAUGUGACAGCCCCUCAGAUAUUUGAAGAUGGCUAUCAUAUCGCCUCUCAAUCUCCUCUUUUGCAGCUCCUUCAACCACUCCUCAUAAGGCUUGGUUUCCAGACCCUUGAUCAUCCUGGUGGCCCUCCUAUGCACACAUUCCAGCUUGUCAAUAUCCUUCUUAAAUUUUGGUGCACAGAACUGGACACAGUAUUUGAAAUAUACUCAGAGUCGCAAAGUGAUUUCAUGCUCUUUAUUCAGCUCAUAGUGGUGAGGAGGAAAUGAAUGAAUGUCCCCUCACAGUAUCUGCUUUAUAUACAUUAUUUACACAAUGGGCUGCACAUGAUUGGCUAAUUCCGGAAUUCUACUGUAAGCCAAUCAGGUUGUGGAUUCACUUCUAUCUGGAGCAGGAUUGGGUGGUUCCUGCCAACCAAUCAUACUGCUGCAUUGUUCUAGGACCAAUCAGACUGCUGCAUUCUGAAUCCUAUUGUUCUAGGACCAAUCAGACUGCUGCAUUUUGGAUCCUAUUGUUCUAGGACCAAUCAGACUGCUGCAGUUUGGAUCCUAUUCAACUCAGUACAUAACACCCCUCCCUCUAAGUUCCAUUCCUGCCCGGGAGGUCGCAUUCAUAGUCCUCAAGGUACGCCGGCGGCCUACGUGUGCGUUGUGGCCUGGGGUGUUCCCUGGUCCGGGCUCCAGGUUCUGGCUCGUGUUCCAAGAAUGCUGGCUGUGAUGGGGCUGUUUGGUCUGGUGCAACCGGCUCGCUCAGUCGUGGUUCUGGUUCCGGUGUCCUUUCGGCCUCACGGGUCCUCUCUGUAUUUACUGAUUCUGCCUCUCCUGCUGGCCCCUCCUGCUCUAUGGGCCUCACUGCCCCGCUGUUCCCUUGGGACUCCUCUGACCUGUCCUCCUCCUGGCUUUCUCCCGGGAAUCGUCGCCGUAUCUGGUCGCAGUGGCGGCGCCAGCAUUGCCCCCAUCCGUUAGCACCUCGUACGACACGGGGCCAGUGACCCUGGUGACUGUGGCGGGUACCCAUGCUGGGCCUGCCCCAAAAUUCUUUGCGUACACUGGGUCCUGGGCCUCGAAGGUCCGGGGGUUCCUGCCUUCCCCCACCACUACCUCAUCCUGAGCUCUAUCGGGGUGAAGGCGGUCCAAUCUGAUUGCAAGACGCCAACCCAUUAGUAGUUCAGCGGGGCUCCGGCCAGUCGUUGAACUGGGGGUGCUGUGCUGUGCUAGAAGGAAUGUGGCAAGGUGGUACUCCCAAUCCCCUUGCGUCAUGCGGCGAAGGGUGUCCUUGGUGGUCCGCACCAUGCGUUCUGCUUGGCCAUUGGUGGCAGGGGUGGAACGGCGCCGAACGGAUGUGGCGGAUGGCGUUCUGCGCUGUGAAGGUUUGGAAUUCUCCUGACGUAAAUGCAGUCCCGUUGUCUGAGACGAGAGUGUCAGGGAGCCCGUGGGUUGCAAACAGCCUGCGUAGUACCCUGAUGGCUGCGGACGUGGAAGUGGACGGUACCAGUGCGACUUCCAGCCAUUUGGUGUAGGAGUCCACCACUAUGAAGAAUGUUGUAACCAGAAAGGGGCCAGCGAAAUCCACAUGCAGGCGUGACCAUGGUGCUCGGGCGGACUCCCAGGACUGGACUGGGGCCCUUGGGGGAUCUGGGCGGGAUUCUUGGCAGGCCUGGCAGUGUUUGACCCAGGCCUCUAUCUCUCCAUCGAUCCCCGGCCACCACACAUAACUCCUGGCAAGGGCCUUCAUUCUUACUACCCCUGGAUGUGUCUCGUGUAGGGCUGUGAGGACCCUUUUGCGGAGGGGCUGGGGAACAACGACUCUGCUUCCCCAUAACAGGCACCCCUUGUGGGCCGACAGUUCAUGUUUGCGGGUUGUGUAGCCGACGAAUUCUGGCCCAGGGCUGCUGCUGGGCCAUCCCCUCCAGGACCCGGGAGAUGACCCUAUCUUUCUUGGAAUGGUGUGCAACUUCUUGUGCCUGAAUGGGGCGGUCGGGAAGCAGCUCCAGGCUCAUAACCUCUUGUGCAGGUGCUGGGUCAGGGCCUGUUUCUGGUAGUGGUAGCCUGCUGAGGGCGUCCGCAUGGCCCAUCGCCUUCCCAGGUCGGUGAAUCAGUGCAUACUGGUAGCUGGCAAGGAAAAUUGACCACCUGAGGACGCGAGGAGACAGCACUUGGGGGGUCUGCUUUUCAGGGGCAAACAAGCCAAGCAACGGCUUGUGGUCAGUCACCACGGUGAAGGGCCGCCCGUACAAGAAAUCAUGGAAUUUUUUUACUCCCUUCACGAUUGCCAGACCCUCCUUGUCGAUUUGCGAGUAGUUCCGCUCGGUUGCGUUGAGUGUCUGGGAAAAGUACGCCACCGGUACCUCUCUUCCAUCCGGGAGUUGGUGCCCCAGGACAGCGCCAAUGCCAUAGGGUGAGGCGUCGCAUGCUAGCACCACUGGCAGCCUCUCGUCGAAGUGUGCCAAGACCGAGUUUGAGACAAGCAAGUCCUUUACUGCCUGGAAUGCGGCCUCCUGGCGCUGGCCCCACACCCAAGGGGCCCGCUUGUCCAGGAGUCUGUGUAGGGGCUCCGCUACCGCCGCCUUGUGGGGAAGGAAGGAAUGGUAAAGUUCAAUAGUCCCAAGAAGGCCUGAAGUUCAGUCUUGCUCUUGGGCGCUGGGGCAUCACAAAUGGCCCGUACCUUGUCCCCAGUCGGGUGGACCCCUUCUGCGUCCACCAUAAAUCCCAGAAAGUCCACCUGAGGCACUCCUAGUAGACAUUUUUCCCGCUUCACCUUGAGACCCGCCGUCUGGAAACGGUGCAGAACGGUGCGGAGGCGGUCCUCAAACUCCUCUGGUGUGGGCCCGGCAAUCAACACAUCAUCGAAGAAGGGGUGACGCCAGGAAUCCCUUUAAGGAGAGAGUCCAUUAGAUUCUGGAAUAUGCCUGGUGCCACACUGACACCGAAUUGCAGCCGCUUUACCCUGAACGCUCCUCUGUGCGUCACAAUCGUCUGUGCCUCUGCUGUGGCCUCAUCUACUGGCAGCUGUUGAUAUGCUUGGGCCAAGUCCAGCUUGCCAAAAUUUUCGACCCAGCCAGGGUGGCAAGGACAUGGCUGACCACUGGCACUGGGUAUGCGUGGGCCGUGAGGGCCUUGUUUAUGGUACAUUUGUAGUCUGCGCAGAUGCGGACCGAACCAUUAGGCUUGACGGGUGUGACGAUUGGGGUUUCCCAGGGGCAUUAGGCACCGGCUCCAGCACUCCUUGCUCCACGAGUCGGUCCAAUUCCUCGUCUAUACGGGGUUUCAAGGCGAACGGGACCCGGCGGGCCUUGAGCCUGACCGGUCGUACUGCGGGGUCAAGCUGUAGCGCAAUGGGGGCCCGUAUACUGUCCCAAUUUCCCAUCGAAAACCCCUGGAAAUUCCUUGCAUAUGGCGUCCACGUCCACUUGUAAGCUAGUGUGGUUCACCCCGGUGACAGCUAGCCCCAGUGGUCCAAACCAUGCCAAUCCCAGUAAGCUAAUGUAGGGGCCCUUGACCACAAGCAAGUCCAGUUGCCGCGUGCGCCCUCUGUAUUGCACCCUGAAGGUCCCCACCCCCAUUGUGGGGACCUUACGUUUCUGGAAGUCCCGUAGGGUGAAUGGGGCCGGCCUGAGUUUGGGACCCCCAGUAGGACACAGUUUCCUUAAGGUCCUUGCUGAGAUUAUGGAUAGAGUUGAACCCAUGUCAAGCUCCAUGCGGCAUCUGUACCUCUGCAUAAAUUUUCUCUACGUUGGGGUGGGGCAACUGGUAUACCUGGCAGUCCGUGAGCUCCGUCGAGUUGCCUUGGUGCGUUGGGCCCCGGGACCUGGGGCUCUUGGAUUGGUCAUCUGAUGCCUGGUGUCGGGUGGGCCGAGCCCGACACACCCGGGCGAUGUGUCCCGAUUUUCUGCACUGCCUGCACUCUGCGUUGCGGAAACGGCAGGUCCUCCUCUCGUGACUCUCCCCGCAGCUUGCGCAGUUCCCUCCUUCUCGUCGAGGCAGCUGUGGUCUGUGCGCUGCUUGAGUGCGCUGCUGUACUCGGUGCACCUCCUCCCUGUCGGAUCCUGAGUCGUCGGUGAGGUCUUCGUGGUGGACCCUCGGUUGGGAUGGCAGGCUCGGCCGUGCCUCUUGCGUCGACCUCUCGGCAGCUUCUGCUGCCAGGGCCUCCUCCAGAGCGACCUGGAACGUUAGGUCCUUCUUAGCGUAGAGGCGUCGUUGCAGCUUCUCAUCCUUCAGGCCACCGACGAGGCGGUCACGAAGCAUGUUCUCCAGCUCUGAGAAGUUGCAGAACCGGGCGGCUUGGCGGAGCGAGGUCACAAACCCAGUUAUGGUUUCCCAGGAGCUUGCCGCUGUGCGUAGAAGGCAUUUCGACGAGCCACCACUGAGGGCUGCGGCGAAAAGUGCCCCUUCAGCUGUUCCAUUAUUGUUUUGUAUGGAACAGUAGCGACGUCUUCAGGCGCAAGGAGAGCCCGGGCGAUUUCAAACGUCUCCUCUCCGCAGACGCUGAAGAAUAUCGCCCUCUUCUUGGCGUCUUCUUCGUCGGUGACCCCUUUGGCUUCUAGGAGGAAGGUGAAACGGGAGGCGUACGCUUCCCAGUCUCCAGAUGCUGGGUUGAAUGGCGAGAAGCUGCUGUCGGUUGCCAUUCUGAGUUCCUUGUGUCCCGGAGCUGAAGCCUGGAUACACAGUGUGAGGCAGCGGUGCGGCAGGUGGCGGUGCUGCGGUGCUGUGUGUGGCAGUCAGCUCAGCGGGAUCCCAUCCUCGUCGCCAGUGAAAUAUACUCAGAGUCGCAAAGUGAUUUCAUGCUCUUUAUUCAGCUCAUAGUGGUGAGGAGGAAAUGAAUGAAUGUCCCCUCACAGUAUCUGCUUUAUAUACAUUAUUUACACAAUGGGCUGCACAUGAUUGGCUAAUCCGGAAUUCUACUGUAAGCCAAUCAGGUUGUGGAUUCACUUCUAUCUGGAGCAGGAUUGGGUGGUUCCUGCCAACCAAUCAUACUGCUGCAUUGUUCUAGGACCAAUCAGACUGUUGCAUUCUGAAUCCUAUUGUUCUAGGACCAAUCAGACUGCUGCAUUUUGGAUCCUAUUGUUCUAGGACCAAUCAGACUGCUGCAGUUUGGAUCCUAUUCAACUCAGUACAUAACAGUAUUCCAGCUGUUGUCUAACCAAGGCAGAAUAGUUACAGGUAGGUAGCCAUGUUGGUCUGCCAUAGUCAAAACAAAAUAAAAAAAUAGAGACAUUGGAUUCUUAUCUCAUUAUACAUGAUAUAGCUAUUUUUAGCCAUCUCACCCCUUGCUUUUUCCUGUAAGACCAACUGCAGUCAUUAACAGUCGUCAACAGGUUUACCACACCUAUCAGCCAAUCACCCAUUCCUGCCACCCUUCUGAGUAAUACCCCUCCCCACCCUCUCACUAUAUAUAAGGGUCUGGUGACUUCUGUUUCAGUGUAUCUGAAGUGUGCAUGCGCACGAAAGCUCAUACCAAUAACAAACUUAGCUGGUCUCUAACGUGCUACACUCCUGCCAACCUAGCAGUUCGAAAGCACGUCAAACUGCAAGUAGAUAAAUAGGUACCGCUCCGGCGGGAAGGUAAAUGGCGUUUCCGUGUGCUGCUCUGGUUCGCCAGAAGCGGCUUUGUCAUGCUGGCCACAUGACCCGGAAGCUGUCUGCGGACAAACGCCAGCUCCCUCGGCCAAUAAAGCGAGAUGAGCGCCGCAACCCCAGAGCCGGUCACGACUGGACCUAAUGGUCAGGGGUCCCUUUACCUUUAAGGUGCUACUGGAAGGAAUUUUUAAAUUUUGUUUCGACCAAGGCAGAAUAGUGUGGUAAUAUUACUUCUCUUGAUACAGCCUAUACAGUAAUAGCAUCCGCACCCCCCGCCCACACUCACUGCUGCUUCCCCUGUUGACUCAUGUUACACUUGUGGUCUACUAAGACCCCAGAUGCGUUUCAUAUGUACUACUGGCAAGACAGGUAUCCCCAUCUUAUAUUUGUGCAGCUAGUUCUUUCUGCCUAAGUGCAGAAACUUACAUUUGUCCCUACUGAAACUCAUUUUGUUAGUUUGGGUCCAGUUCUCCAAUCUGUUAUGGUCAUCUUGAUUUUGUCUUCUGCAGCGUUAGCUACCCCUCCCAGUUUGGUGUCAUCUGCAGAUAUGAUGAGCACCCCCUCAAUUCCUUCCUCCAAGUCAAUUAUAAAGAGGUUGAACAACAAUGGGCCCAGAACAGAACCCUGAGCCACCCCACUUGUCACUUUUCCCCAGGUUGAGAAGCAAUCAUUAGUGAGUGCUUUUUGGGUUCGGUAAGUCAACCAGCUACAAAUCCACCUAACAGUUAUCUCAUCCAGCCCACAUCUUACCAGCAAGAAUAUAAUGGGGGACUUUGUAAAAAAAGCCUUACUGAAAUCAAGAUGUGCUAUGUCCACAACAUUCCCCUGAUCCACCAAGCUUGUAGUUCUAUCAAAAGAAGAAACAAGAUUCAUCCAGCCCCCUGCCAUUUUGCCAUUAAAACAACAACUUUAUGAUGUGGAGAGCGGUUUGACAGUGAAACAGACUCCUUUGGAAGAUGGCAGGCUCUUAUUCCUUGGAGGUUUUUAAAACAGAGGCUGGAUGUUAAUCUGUCAGAGAUGCUUCUGUUGUGGCUCCUGCAUAGCAGCAGGGGCCUGGAUUCAAUGACCCUUCAUCUCUCUUCCAAUUGUACGGUUCUACGUUUCUAAGAUUUUGCUGCCCCACCGACAGUGCUUGAACCCCGCCCCAAUUCUCUAGUUUGCCGUGAAUUUAAGACAUGAAGUUGGUAUUAUCUGAACAAUUGGCUUAUUUGGGCGGCUGUAUUAUGGUCUGAAAUGAAUGCUUUUUAAUGUUAGUGAUGCAUCGAUGGGUGCUUUUGCUGUUGCACAAUCCCCCUAGCUGUCAUUGGGCAGUAGUCAAUUCUGUUUGACUCAGAAUAGACCUAUUGAAAUUAAAGGACCCAACUUACUUAUUGAUUGCGUUUCUACUACUCAUUUCCUCAAGAGAUUCAAGGGGUUGUGCCCAGGUUUCUAAUCUCUUUUAAGCCCCACAACAAACCUGCAAAGUAGGUUAGGCUGAGUGGCAGAGACUGGUUCCCAGCAAGCACCAUCACUGUAUGGCUGAUCUAUUGUUGGUCUGGGGGUGAGCCUGGCUUAAUAAAAUAAUAAAUAAUAAAUAAUAUUUUAAUUUCUUUUCCACCCAUCCGGUUGGGUUUCCCCAGCCACUUUCAUAUAUGCUUAUAGUAUAUAUAAAAAUACAACAAUUCAGACAGAUAUUCCCAAGUGUCAAAAAAGGUUAUUUAUGUGUGCCACUACUGCGGCCCCUGUUUUGGUAGCCCCAAAAUGGAAAAUGAGCAAGGUCCCAACUAAAGAAGAAUGGCAACUUCAGCUGACGGAAUAUGUGCAGCUUGCAGGCUUAACAUAUAGAAUAAAUGUCCAAACUUUUUUCAAAGAGGGCCAGAUUUGAUGAAGUGAAGGGCCGUGAGGGCUGACCAAAACCAACGUUGUCGAGCUUUUUUUAGGGUUAGAGUUGUUGAGGUUUCUUUAGGAUUUUACCCCAGGAAAUAAACAUGGGGGCUGUUUAGGACAUGCCUGGAAUAAGAUAACCAGAUUAGGACAUGCCUGGAAUAAGAUAACAAGGAGGACCUAGGUUAUGAGAAUGUUGAAAAAUGUUUAUUGAAUAUAUACAGAAAAAUUGUGUGCACUUGGAAACAUUGGCAGUGAAAAUGGGUUUUGAUGGAUGCAAUAAUGGAAUACUGAAUGGUUUAGUUUAUGUAAAAUAUGCAUGGAUUUAUGAUAUGCAAAAUGAACCAUGGAAAGAGGAGAAGGGAAGUCAUUUAUAUUUUAAGGAUGUUUAAAUGAGUAUUCAAAAUGGUAAAACAGAAAAUUUAAUAAAAAUGUGUGUAUAUAUAUAUAUGCACACACAAUCACACCAAACAUCAAACAGAAUAUCCUAUACAAGCAACAAACAAACCAAUAAAUCAAUAGAAACCAAUAAUAAUAACAAUAAACAGUUUACAGUUAUACCCAAAUAGGUGGGUGAUCAUUAGAUGUUCUGAAAACUCUUCCUCAAUUUGACACACACACACACACACACACACACACACACACACAGGUCAAAACAGGGCACAUGGCCCUCUGGCUGAAAACUUUCAGCCACCCUUGCCUUUCCUGUCAAAGUCUAUGUGAGAAUGAGUUAAUCCUUUGUGGAAUGGCGGAGGCAUACCCUCUGCUGCAGCUGAACUUCAGUUGCCCUUGGGCACCUCUGUAAGAUAUCUAGCCUCAUCUGGAGGAGUCUGACUUCCCAAUCAGCCCAACAGCAACACAAGCUGAGCAAUCCCAAGGGACCUGGCCACCCAUGGCACAUGAAGAAAAAACCGCUGACUCAACAGCCACCACCUGCCACAAGGCCAGAGGUUGGGCGGCGCUGGACCUAACUGGUUGAAUCUUCCUCCCAGACGUCAGGCACACAAAGGGCAGCUCACAAGCAGCCUCUCUGACCCAUACAAGUGGGGCGCUCAGGCACCCCCCAUCCUCUGCUCCAUUUGAUGAUGGCAAUUUCAAUAAAUAAUAAUAUAAUUUAUUACCCCGCCCAUCUGGCUGGGUUUCCCCAGCCACUCUGCCUGGCUUACAACAAAUUAUUAAAAAUACAAUAAAAAAAACUUCCCUAAACAGGGCUGCCUUCAGAUGUCUUCUAAAAGCCAGAUAGUUGUUUAUUUCUUUGACAUCUAAUGGGAGGGCAUUCCACAGGGCGGGUGCCACUACUGAAAAAGCCCUCUGCCUGGUUACCUAUGGGACGUGGGUGAUGCUGUGGGUUAAACCACAGAGCUUAGGACUUGUCGAUCAGAAGGUCGGCGGUUCGAAUCCCCACAAUGGGGUGAGCUCCCGUUGCUCGGUCCCUGCUCCUGCCAACCUAGCAGUUCGAAAGCACGUCAAAGUGCAAGUAGAUAAAUAGGUACCACUGUGGUGGGAAGGUAAACGGUGUUUCCAUGCACUGCUCUGGAUCGCCAUAAGCGGCUUAGUCAUGCUGGCCACAUGACCCGGAAGCUGUACGCUGGCUCCCUCGGCCAAUAAAGCGAGAUGAGCGCUGCAACCCCAGAGUUGGCCACGACUGGACCUAAUGGUCAGGGGUCCCUUUACCUUUACCUGGUUACCUAUAAAUGCAUCUACUACUUGAUUGUGUACAAUAAUCCCAACCAUCCCGCAAUGUGGCUCUGAAAAAAAAAAAGCAAUAAAAUGUUCUAUAUGAAAAACUACCAAUAAACUUUUAAAAUGUUAAAAUAGCAAUGAAUUAAAAGAACAGAUUAAAACUCUCACCGGCUUUCUAAGCAUCUGGGCAGGAUUCUCUAAACAAUGUUUUAAGCAGGUGACAAAAAAAUUAUACUGAAGGGACCUGACUGGUAUCAAUGGGCAGGGAGUUCCGAAGGGCAGAUGCUGCAGCAGUAAACAGUUGAAUUCUUAUAAAUGCAGCAUGCAGUAUGAUAUGGCAGCUUUACAAUGCCAGUUCCACCCAUGGAAGUGGCUCAGUGGGCAUAUAUGGAGUAAGGCGACCUCAUAAGUACUGCAAACCAGAGUGACUCCCAUCAGUCCUGGCAGCCAGCAUGGCCAAUGAUCAUGAAUUACUAGGGGAGUUAUAGUUCAGCAAUAUUCAGAGAGCUGCAUCCCUGCUUUAGAGGAAGGCAGAGUUAGUUGUAAUGGAAGGUAGCUGUGAGGGGCAGUAAAGGCAACUGAUGGCCCAGUUCACAAACAGGGAGCCUUUGGCCCUCCAGGUGUUGUUGGACUCCAAUUCCCAUCGGUCAGAGAUGCUUCGCCAGAGAUGCUGAUGGGAUUUGGAGUCCAGCAAUCACAGGAAGGCCGCAGGUUCUCCAUGACUAGGACGGUGAUAAGUAGGGGCAGUAAAUGCAAGUGAUGGUUUAGUUCAGGGCUGGGAAAGCUGUAGCCCUCCAGAUGUUGCUACCUUUGAAGAUGACCCGGAAACUACAACUAAUCCAGAAAGCGGCAGCUUGAUUGGCGACUGGGAGUGGCUGCCGAGACCACAUAACACCUACAUUGAAAGACCUACAUUGGCUCCCAGUACGUUUCCGAGCACAAUUCAAAGUGUUGGUGCUGACCUUUAAAGCCCUAAACGGCCUCCGUCCAGUAUACCUGAAGGAGCGUCUCCACCUCCAUUGUUCUGCCCGGACACUGAGGUCUAGCGCUGAGGGCCUUCUGGCGGUUCCCUCACUGCGAGACGCGAAGUUACAGGGAACCAGGCAGAGGGCCUUCUCGGUAGUGGCGCCCACCCUGUGGAACACCCUCCCAUUAGAUGUCAAAGAAAUAAACAACUAUCUGACUUUUAGAAGACAUCUGUUUAGGGAAGCUUUUAAUGUUUGAUGUUUUAUCGUGUUUUUAAUAUUCUGUUGGGAGCUGCCCAGAAUGGCUGGGGAAACCCAGCCAGAUGGGUGGGGUAUGAAUAAUAAAUUAUAUUAUUACUAUUAUUAAGCUCCCAGUUGCACAACCUCUUGAGGGCCACAGGUUCCCCAGUCUUGUCGUAAACUGAAGAAACCAUUCCUGUAAAUAUGUGGUGUUGUCCCAGCCAGAGAAGUCAGGAUGGAACAGGAAUCCAGCCUGGGUAGAACGUAAGAACAGGAUCAGGCCAGUGGGGCCCCACCUAGUCCAGCCUCCUGUUCUCCCGGUGGCCAAACAGGCAAGGAAACCAGACAAGGAUAGGAGCCCGAGAGCAACUCUCCCCUCCUGUGGUUUCUAGCAACUGGUAAUCAGAAGAGUUGCUGCUCCGACUGCAGGCCUAGGAAAGCCUCCACUGAGAGCGGCAUCCAGCUGGAGCUGAGCUAAUCAGUCUGGGCGUGAGCUGGUUGCAGGAUAAUGAGCGGCAGAGAUUGGAUGUGCCAGCGAUCAGAGCCCGGCAUGGGGGAUGUGUUGAGACUUGCCAGCUGGGCCUCUUAAGAGGAUCUGAAUGUGCAGGCAUCAGCAGGCAAUGACCUGCAGCCACGCUUAUCGGGGGCUAGGGUUCUGAUCCAGGUUACAGGAGCCUCCCAGGAAAAGGCAGGGUUGCGGGAGGCAGCAGCCUCCAAAGAAAUGAAGGUCAAGCAGGGAGAAUCGGGGGUCCAGGUCCAAUAUGAGAUCCAGAGGCUGGAUCAACACCAGCCCAGGGUCAGUAUUGCAAAGGGUGGGCUCAGGAGCGAAAGAGCUGGCCUGUUUUCCGCCGUUAGGAAGCUCAGAAGGGAGACCUUGAUUGCUUUGUGGUUCCUGCAUUUUGUGUGUGUGUGUUGGGGGUGGGGUGGGUUGGACUAGAUGACUCUUGGGGUUCCCUACCAGUUCUAUGAUUCUGGCCUCCUAACCCACCCCAGUUGCUAGGAGCAAAGGAACCACAAGGACUGCUUGCUCACGAGGAGACCCGUUGCUCACAAGCUGCACAGUGACUCUGCAGCUGUUGGAGCAUGAUCCAUUGUCUUUUUGGCUCAGAUCAGAUUCGCGUACUUGCAAGAUCGCCUUCCCCCAUACAAGCCCAUUUGUCUGCUUUGAUUUGCAAAACUAGCAGCAUUGCAGGUGCUACUUAUUGCCUGUUCUGCAUUUGUAAAUAAUUGAUACAGUUACACUUUGGAACUCCCUGCCUCUUGAUGUAAGGCAGAGAUGCUCUCGUACGCUUGGAGAGUCAGGAAAAGGUAGACUUGGACCCAGAACGGAGGGGCUGUCUGCACGUACUUAAGGCGCUUCUGCUAGAUGUGUUGACGUUUGAUGCCUGAUCCUUUCUUAUCUGGCAACCAAACCCUACACAAACAACACCUUGCUAGCCUACUAUGCUUCUACAAGCCACAAGGCUUUUGUUCUAACCUUGCUUUUGUCAUGACGCUGGUUGGUUGCUUGGUGAGGGGAGACGAGAGCAAAAAAGAGAGCUUAAUUUCUCCUGGUUUGGCAACUUCUGGCCUGCUGGCUCAGGGCCCAAUGAUGACGACAUCUCAGAGGGUUUGGCCUUUGCAGGAAAGGAUCCAAGAGGAAGCUGGCACAGACACCCACUCAGCCCUUGGGAAGGGCCCGAGCCCUGAAACUACAAAAACUGGUGCCAGAUUCUUGCCUAAUCUAAGGAGUGUAAUAAGAAUCCUAAGGUCUCAAAAAUAAAACAAAUGUUCGCAAGUGCACAGGUAAACACACAAGUACCUAUAAAACACAAGUACCUAUAAAAACCACAUGUCCGAUAGGCUACAGGUAAGCAAUCCUUAAGCAAUCUUGACUCUCCUAAAGACUCUAAACCAGGCACCCCCAACCUGUGGCCCUCCAGAUGUUUUGGCCUACAACUCCCAUGAUCCCUAGCUAACAGGACCCAGUGGUCAGGGAUGAUGGGAACUGUAGUCUAAAACAUCUGGAGGGCUGAAGAUUGGGGGGUGCCUGCUCUAAACCAUUGUUUCCCAAACUUGAGUCUCCAGCAGUUUUUGGACUACAAUUCCCAUCAUGCCAAGCUAGCAAGACCAGUGGUCAAGGAUGAUGGGAAUUGUAGUCCAAAAUCUGCUGGAGAUCCAAGUUGGGGAAACACUGUUCUAAAUGUUUCUUCUGCAGCAGGAAAUACCUUGGAGAAAGCUUUCCCAAUUGUUCUUUCUCUUGCAAAUCCUCCAAAUCUUGUCUUAAGGGCUUAUUUUGUGUAUGAACCGGGUUGGCCUAUGACCUGGAUUCAAGAACUCAGGUAUUUGCCAUCUCAAAAGAAUGGCCAGACUGCCCAGGUAAUGCAAUCAGUGAAACUUUAUCAGGUAUCCUGGCAGACAGGAGAGAAGCCACACUCUCAAAGGUCUGUUAUAGACUGCCUCUUUCUGUGAUGGUUUGAAUGAUGCUUUUUAGGUGGUCUUUCGUUAAGGGAUUGGGCAAUUUCAAAAAUCUUUAAAGGUUCUUGCACACCUUUGUUCUUGGUCUCUCACCUCCUUGCAAGGAGGUGGGAAACUCUGUUGCAACAGAAAAAUAAAUAUCUGCCUUCCUUGCGUUGCUUCCUGCCUCCAUCCUUUUAUCUCUGACCGAUAAUGGACUUGGGGGACACUGAAUCCCUUAGGAUAGCAGAGUUGGAAGAGACCCUGAGAGUCAUUUAGGACAAUCCCCUGUAAUGCAGGAAUCUCAGCUAAAGCUGGAGUUCCAGAGAUUAGCUACUGCCACACUAAAAGACUGAUUUCUCGCAAGCGAAUCCACUUCAUUCACAACUUAUAUCUGUGUGAAUAAAAAUCAUUUGGAUAUUUUUUUUAAGGGACACUUUUUCACUUUUAAGUAGGAGUGUAUAGAUGAGCAUCUUUGAAGAUGACACCUCCAGGCUGCCUUCUAAGAUGGCCUGUGGCAAUGACUGCUUUUAAUAUUAAAAAGAAAUCCCCUCAUUGCCAGGAAUCUCAUUGGCUGACCUCAAGCCCAUCAUUACCUUUUGGCCUGGUCUACCUCCUAGGGUUGUUGUGGGGAUAAAAUGGAGGGAAGGAUGGAGAUCUCUUUUUAGGAGCAAAAUUUAAAUGGUAAAUGGAAUGGGUGCUGUGAAUUAUCCACUCUCUCUCUUUCAGGGCAGCCCCAAGUGGCGCCACAGUCUUUGAUGUCUGGGGAACAUCUGGGGUGAACCUCUAUAUUAUCCACAAUGGGGAGGUUUUGAAGAUCCCCUCUUGUGUGCCCAAAUGGCCCCUUGAUUGUAAAGUCGAGGUGGUGGUCACGAUGGACCAGCCAAGCGCUGAAGUCAACGAGGACAAGGUGAGAAACUCCGAUGGCUUUGAUGGAGCAGAGGGGGAAAGGAAAGAGCUAGACCUGAUUCGGAAAAAGGUGCGCUGGCAUUACUGUAGCUAUCAUUGGAGCAGCUUCUCUGUAAGAAAAGGUUGCCACAUUCAGGACUUUUUAACUUUGAGAAAAGGUGAGGAAGAGGUGAUCAAGUGCAUCUCAAAUCACAUCUGUUGUCGUCCUUCAGUAUACCUGAAGGAGCGUGUCCACCUCCAUCGUUCAGCCCGGACACUGAGGUCCAGCUCCGAGGGCCUUCUGGAGGGUCCCUCACUGCGAGAAGUGAGGUUAUAAGGGAACCAGGCAGAGGGCCUUUUCGGUGGUGGCACCCACCUUGUGCAAUGCCCUCCCAUCAGAUAUCAAGGAAAUAAACAACUAUCUGACUUUUAGAAGAUAUCUGAAGGCAGCCCUGUAUCGGGACGUAUAGGGAGGGUUUUAAUGUUUGGUGUUUUAUCAUGUUUUUAAUAUUCUGUUGGGAGGUGCCCAGAGUGGCUGGGGAAACCCAGCCAGAUGGAUAGGGUAUUAAUUAUUAAUACAAAAUAAUAAUAAAUAUUCCAUUUGCUGAAAUUGGCAAUAUCUUGACAGGUCAGAAUUUCAUACUACAAGGACAAUGGGAGGACACCAAUGGCGAAAGCUCUGCUCCACCUCACCUGCGUGGGUAAGACAGGAACUGUAUAGAAAAUAUAAUUUGUGUGUGUGUGUGUGUGUGUGUGUGAGAGAGAGAGAGAGAGAGAGAGAGAGAGAGAGAGAGAGAGAAAUCUGGGUGCAUAGGGAAAAACAACACAAGCAUAUUGUGUAUUUUUCCUUGGCUUUUGUUGAUGGUCAGGGCUGAUAUGGGUGAACUAGAUAAUGAGUUCCGGGCUCAUGCAGUUAAUUAAAGCACCUUUCCCCGCAUAGCUACUCACAGUAAAAUAUUAAUACCACAUAGACUUACUUCCAGAGGACUAGCACUUUAAAGACAAACAGCUUCAUUAUGGCAAAAAACUUUCAUGGACGACAGUUCGAUUCAUCAGCUGCAUGAAGUUAAACUAUGGAACUCAGUCCCACAUGAGGCAGUGACAAACACCAGCCUAGAUGACUUUAAAAGAUUUGACAGAUUAGUGGAGGAGAGGGCUAUUGAUGGCUAUGUUCCAGUAUUUGGUGACACAGACAUCCUGGCAUCAGCAAGCCAUCUUGCCAGGCUGUUUGGGGAUCCCGCAUGCCAAUUUUCUUAUGUUUCCUCUCCUUCUCUCCCCCCCCCCAUGCUGCAGAAAUCUCCCUGGAUGCUGACACGAACCGUUCAGGAACCGUGCAGAGGAGAGCCAAGAAUAAGGUCAGGAAGGAGGGAUAGGGGAGUCUGGGCAUAUUGCAUGUGUUUAUUUAUAUCCAAAAAGCAAAGGCUGCUUUUCCACCUGAAGGGCCCUUCAAGGCAACAAACCCAAGAGAAUUUCAGCAAGGAGGGGGGUGGAGCCUGUGGAGAGGGGGUGUGGCCUAGUGCUGGAGAGAAAUCCCGUGGUGGGGUGCAUUUUGACCCUGGGCCUUGGGUCCCCUCACAACCCUACCUUAAAACCAACCUGUUCCUUCUGUAGUUGUGAGAUACAAGUACAGUCAUACCUCAGGUUAAAGUAGCUUCAAGUUAAGUAUUUUCGGGUUGCGCUCCGUGGCGAUCCGGAAGUAACGGAGCGCGUUACUUCCGGGUUUUGCCACUCGCACAUGCGCAGACACUCAAAAUGACGCCAUGCGCAUGCGCGGAAGCAGCAAAACGUGUCCCGCGCAGAUGCGCAGACGCGUGUUAUGUUUACUUCAGGAUGCGAACGGAUCCCGUUUGUAUCCCGAGGUAUCACUGUACUGGGUCCCAGGGGCAAACGAAGGCAUCGUGACACCCGGUACGGGGCAUUGCUACGUAGGGUGCAUGUGUGGCAUUGUUACGUACAACACAUGUGCCAUAUGUAGCGACACUGCACAUGCGCUGUACAUAGUGGUUUGCCAUCGGCACCGGGAUCCUCUGCUCGCAGCUGAAGCCGUGAACGGAGGAUCCUCCACAUGCAACUGUGGUGGCGCCAUGGCUGCUUGCACCGCCGCUGCGGGGUGAGCCCCUGUGGGGUGCUUUCUUGUCACCCCCCCCAGACCUGGCAUCUGGGGGGCACCACACACACACACACACACACCCCACACCCCCGUUGCGACGCCACUGUUGGGUCCCACAUAUUUGUGGUGGUGCUAAGCCUUGUGGUUGAUUUUUUCUGCCGCUGCAGAAAAACUGGACGUGGGGACCCGAAGGCAAAGGAGCCAUCCUCUUGGUCAAUUGCGACAGGGACGAACCUCAAGAUGAAAUGGACAACGAGGAUAAGAAGCUGCAAUCGUUUGUGGGUCAGUAACUGACGGAUCCAAGGCUACCUAAACGGCCUUGGUCCAGUAUACCUGAAGGAGCGUCUCCACCCCCAUUGUUCUGCCCGGACACUGAGGUCCAGUGCCGAGGGCCUUCUGGCGGUUCCCUCACUGCGAGAAGCCAUGUUACAGGGAAGUUACAGGCAGAGGGCCUUCUCAGUAGUGGCACCCGCCCUGUAGAACGCCCUCCCACUGGAUGUAAAAGAGGAAAACCACUACCAGACUUUUAGAAGACAUCUGAAGGCAGCCCUGUUUAGGGAAGCUUUUAAUGUUUAAUAGAUUAUAGUAUUUUAAUAUUCUGUUGGAAGCUGACCAGAAUGGCUGGGGAAACCCAGCCAGAUGGGUGGGGUAUAAAUAAUAAAUUAUUAUAAUAUUAUUAUUAUUAUUAUACCUUACACUGAGUCAGACUCAUGGGGUCUCACUCAGUAUUGCUAAUUCUGAAUGGCAGCAGCUGCUCAGGGCAGGGGGGAUGCUUCAGCCUACCUGAGGAUGCCAGGAAUUGAACCUGGGACCUUCUGCAGCAAGGCAGGCACUCUGCCACUGAGUUGGGGCCCUUCCCUUAAAAAGCAAGAUUCUAGUCCUCAUCGUUCUGAAGGAAGGGCUUUUUUGAAUCGUCUCUUCCCAGCCCUACCUACAGAUGCCAGGGAUUAAACCUGGGAGAUUUUGCACUCAUCAAUCAUGUGUUAGAAACUGAGAGAUGAAAGCUAGGAGCUAAACGGCACCUUAAACCUAGGUUAUGGCCACAACAGCCGACUGUCUAGGCAUGCUUUUUUUAUAACAAUACAAAGCUGAAGAUGAAUGAACUGCAGCUAAAAUCUUAUGUUCAUUUUUCACAUGGUCUAGUCCUUCCCCUGCCCACCUCUCUAAUAUUCUUAAGAGGGUCUCUUCUCCAGUCUUCAGAGAGUAGCUGGAAGUGGGGAGGCAGAAAAAGGUCCUCCUUUCCUUCCACUCUGCAAUCUGAAAUCUUUCUGCACCCAGAGCUAAGAAACUGCUUGCGCUAAUGAAAUUCCCUGUCGCAAAAAUGUGCCGAGAACAAUGGGAGUUUCGAACACUGAUCCUUCCCCUAAAUUAAAGUAAGAAUCUCGUCCUCAUUGUUCUUAGAAUUUGUAGAGUUGCAAAGGGUCUUUUUUGCUGGACUCUUUUGCCCAAUGUGGACCUUGAACCCACAACCCUGAAACUGAAAGUCUCCUGCUCUGCUGGCUGAGCUACCCCAGCUCUGAAUAAAGAUGGUUGAUUUAAACUCCAUUCAGCUCAGAGCUUUGCUACUGAGCUACAGUCAGUUUCCCUCUGCUUUUCUCUCCAGACCGCAGGGAUAUGUCACUGAUGAUCCUGACAACACGUGGGCCUGAGGACAUUUUUGAGGAUCACCAGCUGGUCCUCCAUGUCUCAGCAUCUGAUGCCGACAAAGUGGGAGUCUUCCAUGCUCAGGGUAAGUGUUGUGGGGUUCUCAAGCAGCGGUGGUUCAUCUCAGGUGCCAAAAUGUCUCGGGCUGGCUCUGAUUUGCUGAUGGGAGUUGGAGUACAGCAACAUCUGGGAAGGUUGCAAGUAGACCAUCACUUGCCUUCACUGUCCCUAGCUGCCCCCUUCACAGUUCUGGCUUCUUUUAAUGUAGAGAUAGGGAACCUGUGACUUCCCCAGAGGCUGUUUCAUCAGAGCUGUCAUUUUCUCUGACCAUUAGCCAUGCCGGGCCAGAUGGCAGCUGGAGUCUGGCAACAUCUGGAGAGCCACAGAUGUUCCCCAAUAUAAAUUCAACAGUGUAAAUAAAUUUUGAUGGCUGUAACAAUGGAUUACUGAAUGGUUUGGUUCAUGUAAAAUAUGAAGGGAUGUAUGGUAUGGGAUGCGGGUGGCACUGUGGGUUAAACCACAGAGCCUAGGACUUGCCGAUCAGAAGGUCAGCGGUUCGAAUCCCCGUGAUGGGGUGAGCUCCCAUUGCUCGGUCCCAGCUCCUGCCAACCUAGCAGUUCGAAAGCACGUCAAAUUGCAAGCAGAUAAAUAGGUACCACUCUGGCAGGAAGGUAAAUGACGUUUCUGCGUGCUGCUCUGGUUCACCAGAAGCAGCUUAGUCAUGCUGGCCACAUGAUCUGGAAGCUGUCUGCAGACAAACGCCGGCUCCCUUGGCCUAUAGAGCGAGACGAGCGCCACAACCCCAGAGUCGUCUGUGACUGCACCUAACGGUCAGGGGUACCUUUUCCUUUACCUAAAUGAAUAUUUUGAAAUGUAAUUAUAUAUAUUGAUGUUCCCCAUCCCUACUCUAAUUCCUGAUAUCCUUAGCUCAUGUGUGAACGCAACCCCUUGGCGUGAAAGUGGAGAUACUAUAUGUCCUUUUUUGUUACACAAGAAAAUCUUUAAUUCAUCACCAUCAUAGAAUCGGAAGGGACCACAAGGGUCAUCUACUCCAACCCCCUGCAAUGCAGGAAAGUUUUGCCCAAUGUGGGGCUUGAACCCACGACCCUCAGAUUAAGAGUCUUGUGCUCUACCAACUGAGCUAAUCCAGCCAUGUGGCAGUGAGUUCCAGGGGUUUAGUUAAUCAAAACCAGUUUAUUUGACAGCGAUGAAGAGUUUGCUUCCAGAAUCAAGCAAGCAAGCAAACGAAUGAAUGAAUGAGGGACAGGCACAUGAUUUUGUAUGAGAAAUGACGGGUUUGAUUUACAGGGAAAAGAAAGAAACUCAGUCAGCACAAGCACGUCCUAGGUCAUGGGAAAUCCUCCUAUGUGGUGGAACCUUCCUGCGAUGAAGAGGAGCACCAUUUCUAUGUGGAAGGGCUGGCCUUUCCUGACAUUGGCUUCUCUGGACUCGUGACAUUCCACGCCACUCUGCUAGAGGCCACCGCCAAGGUAUGGGCAGCCAAAAAAGGAAAUGUGUCAGAAAGGUUACUGGGGUGUUGGAUAAUUAAGGGCAUUAAAAGAGACCUGCAGCUGAAUCAGGCCGGGGGUGGGGGAGGCAUCCAAUCCAGCCUUCUAGCCUCACAGUGACCAACCAGAUCCCCAGUGGGAAUCCUGCAAGCAGGACCUGAACGGUGGUGUCCCCACUUGGGAAUUCCCAGCAGCUGGGAUUCAGAAGCAUUGCUGCCUCCAUCGAUACAGGUGGAACAUUGCUAUUUUGACUAGUAUCUGUUGACAGUCUUACCUCCUCCUUGAAUUUCUCUGGAGAAUAAAACAGCCUAUUAUUUUGUCUUUUCUUCCUCACCGUAGCCUCCUUUUCUUGUCUUAGGAGAAAACCGGGACUGUAGGGUUUGUUUGUUUUUAAGCCCAGGGUUACUCAUUAUUUUCACCAGAACAUGGCUUGGGGCUCUACAUGAGCUGGCAAAAUGCAGGGCAAAUGUCUUGGCUGCCACAGCAGAAUGCAACUACUGCCUGCUUGCCCAAGACCUUAUCUCAACCCGUUUGGGCUUGGGCUCAUGUUAUAUUUCUGCAGCUAAAUUCAAGAUAUGAAGCAUGCCGUCCUGGUAAGCGCUUAGGCCUAGCAUUUUAUCCUCCCAAUUGUCCUCAUUGGAAUUUAACCCAAGCUGGCAACCCUCAUGGCAGAAAAUUCCAUGGGGUAUGAUGAUGAUGAUUUGUUUAUUUAUGCCCCACCCAUCUGGCUGGGUUUCCCCAGGCACUCUGGGUGGCUCCCAACAGAAUAUUAUUAUUAUUAUUAAUAAUAAUAAUAGUAAUAGUAGUAAUAAAUAAAUAAAUAAAGUGAUAAAACAUCAAAGAUAAAAAAUUUCCCUGAGGGCUGCCUUCAGAUGUCUUUUAAAAGUCAAAUAGUGUUUUUUUAUUUCCUUGACAUCAGAUGGGAGGGCAUUCCACAGGGUGGGCGCCACUACCGAGAAGGCCCUCUGCCUGGUUCCCUGUAGCUUCACUUCUCACAGAGAGGGAACCGCCAGGAGGCCCAUUAUUUUGAUUUAAUUUAAUUUAAUUUAAUUGACUGAUUGUGGGAUCCCAUACAGUGGGGUAUUGGGACUGACCUGCUGGAAGAAAUAUUCCCCACGCCUCCUCUUGGGUACAAGAUAAGACGCAACAGCUUCUGUUCAUUCUCGGAGGAGUUUUGGUCCUCUAGAUUUCGCUAAGCUGGACCAUCACUUGCCUUCGCUGCCCCUCCCUGCCUCCAUCACAACUCUUCCUAUUUAUACUGUUGGGAUGGGAAAUCUGUGACAUCCCUGUCCCUCGGGAUGCUGCUGGAUUGGGGCUCUCCUUUCCCCCCGACCAUUAGGCAUGCUGUUUCCUGGAGCUGAGACUGUCAUGUGCCUGAAUAGUUCUGGUUUGAGUCUCUCUUUCCAACCUCUUUCUCAGCUGGCCUCUGCUCUCCUCCACUGCAGGCACUUCCUGAGGCCCCCAUUUUUAACGACACUGUUGUCUUCCGCGUCGCUCCGUGGAUCAUGACCCCCAAUACCUUGCAGCCGAUAACGGUUUACGUCUGCAGGUGAGAGCUUCUGCAAAUAAGUGAACAUCACUGUGGCCCAGUGCACAGAUGCACAAGCAUAGGACUCGUGAAUCAGGUGUGCCACUUCAGAGAUGGGACACUGAUGGUGGUCUGAGGUGAGGCAGGGACUGAGAGCCAUGUCAGUGGUCAAAACCAAUCAGGAUUAGAGGGAAGACUGGAACUCAGGUCUGGAGGUCCAAGACCAGAAAUGCCAGAGCUCAGGUAGGCUUCAUUGUUCAAGCGAAGUAUCACUAGCCUGGGAACAUCAGAGAAGCCCUGCAGCUCUCCCUGUCAGUUUGCAUUUCUUAGUGCAGAAAGUAUUGAUCUGAUGUGUAGAAAUCUUUCCUAUUCUACUUAAUUCAAGAGGGUUCUGGAAGCUUCUGUGUGAAAGAAACAAGCAGAAUGUUCCUGAUGUUUGGGUUUAUACCAGGGGUCGGCAACUUUUUUCAGCCAUGGGCCGGUCCACCAUCCCUCAGACCAUGUGGUGGGCUGGACUAUAUUUUGAAAAAAAUGAUGAACAAAUUCCUAUGCCCCACAAAUAACCCAGAGUUACAUUUUAAAUUAAAGGACACAUUCUACUCAUGUAAAAACACGCCGAUUCCCAGACCGUCUGCGGGCCAGAUUGAGAAGGCGAUUGGGCCGCAUCUGGCCCACGGGCCUUAGGUUGCCUACCCCUGGGUUAUACCUGGAGAGAAGCUGGCUUAAGCUGGUUCUCUUCUCUCUUCUGUCAAGGUCAUGUUGACUAUAAAAUAGGGCCAGAAUGAGCCUAGGUUUCACUUUCACUUUCUAUCUCUUUUCCUUCUGGUGCGGUGUUUGGUAUAUACAGUCAUAUCUCGGGUUACAGAUGCUUCAGGUUGCGUUUUUUUUUUGGGUUACGGACUGCCGAAACCCAGAAGUACCGGAAUGGGGUUACUUCCGGGUUUCGGCGGUUGCACAUGCGCAGACCUGCAGCUGUGGGUUGCGAACGUGCAUCCACUGUGUAGUUGUACCUUGGAUCCCCAAACGCCUUUCAAGUCAAAAGUUUUGGCUCCCGAAAACCGAAAACUUGGAAGUGAGUGUUCCGGUAUGUGAAUGUUCUUUGGAAGCCAAACGUCCGACACGGCUUCCACGGCUUCUGAUUGGCUGCAAGAGCUUCCUGCAGCGAACUGGAAGCCGUGCCUUGGUUUCUGAAUGUUUUGGAAGUCAAACGGACUUCCAGAACAGAUUCCAUUUGACUUCCGAGGUACGACUGUGGUAUGCUUAGUGUUAAGUUUUAGACUUAUUAUAAGACAUUGUAAGCCUGCUGCAACUGGAUUUCUUAUGGACGGUGCCAAUCCUGAAUGUAAUGUAUUUGUGACCAUUAUACUCAUUUGCCUUCAGUAGCAGUAAAGCUCUGCUGAAUGAAAUGAAAUUGCCUCUGGUCUAUUUUUGGGAAUCCUGCAACGUGUUUAAGUUUUUACUCUGCUAACUAUACAUUGGGAUCUACUCUGGAUCAAUAGAAUUUCAGUGACGCUCCCCACCUGGGAUUUCCAGCAACUGAAAUUCAGAAGUCUCGGAUGGUAGAGUCAGAGCAUAGCCAUUGUAGCUAAUCUUCUUUUGAAGCCUUCCUUUCCUUCUCCUGCUUUGCUGUUCAUCGAUGCCCAUUUUUCUGCAUUUUGACAUCCAGUAUAAAAGGCAACGCAGAUUUCGUGGUGGAGAUCAGCAAGCUGUCCAAGAAAGCUGGCUGCAGAUUGAUUAUCUGCCCAGAAGCAGAAAAUCGAGGUGACCGCUGGAUCCAGGUAGGUUGGAGUGUCUGUUUGGGGGGGGCAGGUGGGUGGAAGUGUGAGCAAACUAUUACCGUAUUUUUCGCUCUAUAGGAUGCACUUUCCCCCCUCCAAAAAUGAAGGGGAAAUGUGUGUGCAUCCCAUGGAGCAAAUGUAGCUCCUUGGCUUCAGCGAUAGCAACGUGAAGCCUCCGAAGCGCAGAGGGAGCGCUCCCUCCGUGCUCCGGAGGCUUCAUGUUGCUUUCGCUGAAGCCUGGAGAGCGAGAGGGCACCGACCCCUCUCGCUCUCCAGGCUUCAGGGAUAGCCUCCUGAAGCCUUUGGAGGGCAGCGGGAACUCUGAAGGCUUCGGGUUCCUUUUGCUGAAGCCAGGAGAGCAAGAAUCUCCUGGCUUCAGCAGAGAGGGAGAGCUGCACAGCGCCCCUUCAGCCAAGCAGGAGGAGAAAUGGAAUGGGCUCCGUUUCUCCCUCCGCUUCGCUGAAGGGGUGCUGAGCAGAGAGGGGGAGACUUUUUUUUUCUUGUUCUCCCCCUCUAAAACAAGGUGCAUCCUAUGGUCGGGUGCGUCCUAUAGAGCGAAAAAUACAGUAUUUGAUGUAUUUACCAUUUAUCAGCCUGGCAAAAACAGCCAAGGAAGGUGCAAGGCAGGGUUGUGAAGGGUGCAGCCUGGGGAGCAUUCCAAGGGCCAGAGGGGCUUGGGGUUCCUCACCCCUUUCUUCCACACAUGUCUUUAUUUCUUCCCUGUUUUCUUUGGUGGCACCAGGAUGAGAUGGAGAUCGGCUACACGCAAGCGCCACACAAAUCCUUUCCCGUGGUCUUCGACUCCCCUAGAAACAGAGAUCUGGAUGGCUUCCCCUAUAAGGCUGUUCUGGUAGGAACCUCUCUCCCUUUUGUCUUAUUUUGUCUUCAAAUCGGAACCUUUGAAUUUGUUUUUUUUAAUGCUGCAAUAGUGCAAUUUGCAUGAACGGUUUGAGUGAUAAAGCAGCUCCACAGUUGCACCCCCGCCUGCCUGCCCCUAUACUGGUUUGUUAUUAUAUUGUGCAUUUUUGCGGGUUUUUAAAAUAUAACAUUUUGUUUUUCAUACAAUUUGAACAAGUUCCAUUCAGUUUCAAUACAACGUUCUCUUAACAUUUUGACUUCCCAUCCUAACUUCCAUGUUUCUGUUCAAAUCCUUUAUCCACUGCCAUAAAUGUAAUACUUAAUCUAUAACAUAUAUCCUAAUUUACAUUCCUUUAUCAUUCUCAUUCCUUUGCUUAUAUUUCCAGUCCCACCUGCCAUUUCAUUUGACUAUAAUAUUUUCCGAGAUAGCCCCCAAAGGGAUCUCCACUCUUCAACAAACACAUCGUCUUUUGUCUCUCUUAAUUUUGCCAUCAAUUCCGCCAUCUCUGUAUAGUCUGUUUUUGUGUUUCUACGCUGUAAACCACCCUACAAUCAUUGGUUGAAGAGUGGUAGAAAAAAUGAUUGAAUGUGUUAGAGACCUGGUAGAUUACUGUGGUCUGCAGGAUAUUCUCUCCUGUGAGUUCCAAAGAUCUCGGAAGCCCACUCUGCUGUGAUUUAGAGCAGGACCUUCACUGUGGCUGCUCCUUUUAUCUGGAGUAGUCUUCCUCCCCACUGGAUCUGCCCUUUCCGGAAACCAUGGAAGACAUUUUUGUUCCAACAGCCUUUCCCAGCUGGAUAAAUGCAUACUUACCAUGAGCGUCCACUUAUUAGGGUUUUAGGCUUGUUUCAAACGUAUCUUUUAAUGUUUAAUGCUUUUAUUAUUUAACAAACCACUGUAUUUUAAUACUUUGUUGGAAGCCGCCCAGAGUGGCUGGGGAAACCCAGCCAGAUGGGCAGGGUAUAAAUAAUAAAUUAUUAUUAUUAUCUGCUGUUUUGUUUUUAAACUUUGGCUUUUUUGCUGUUUCUGAAGUGCAUUGUCUUGAGAAAAUUGCACAGAAGGCGAUUAAUAAAAUGAUUAGGAUAAUGAUAACGCAUGCAUGCAUGCAUCUACCUGCCUACCUAAUCUGUAUUGGCCAUCUUUUCGCUUCGUGCCAUCCACUCUGCAGGAUCUGUCUAUUGGCAACUGAAUUUUGCAGCCGGCCGUACACAAUUCAAAUCUCCCACACGAGCACCCCUUUUGCAUCACUCCACCCUAUAGCUUCUGCAAUUCAAACGCAACGGACACAAGGUCAUUUUCAUAGAGGGGCAGCCUUGUCGCCGAGAUCACUCCUAAUUCUGUUGCCCUUUGCUCCCACCCCAGGGCCCGGAUUUUGGCUACGUGACCCGGAAGGCGGAAGGCAAAGGCAACAGCGUCUCCACUUUGGACUCAUUUGGGAACCUUGAAGUCAGCCCUCCAGUGACCGUCAGGGGCAAAGAGUACCCCCUGGGGAGGGUCAUCAUCGGGAGCGCCUUACCCAUGUAGGUGGAGAGGGUGUGUGUUGGGGGGGGGGGAGAAAAAGUGCUGGCAUGGUGAAGCAUCUGGCAAGGACUCGCAUGCACAAGCAAGAGCUCUCUGGACUUCCUCCUCGUCGUCUCCCUUUCAGCUUGCUUCUUCACCCAUGUCUUACUCUAGUGUGGGAAGGGAGGAGGAGGUACACAGAAAGUUGCUUUAUCCUGAGCCAUAUCAUUGCUCAAUCUAGGCUGGUCAAUCUGGGCUGGUUUUCUUAAAAAAAAGUUUGUUUAUACUUUUCGAAUUUAUACGUUUCAUAAAUUUUACCAUCGUUUUAGCAUUUCAAAGUUUGACUUCCUCCCCCCCCCCUUUCUGUGGUUCCUUACAUUUAUAUUUUAAAAUCUUCUCCGUAUCCAAAUUCAUUUAAUUUUCUCAUCUAAUUAUCUACUCUUAUGGAACUGCAGGUUAUUACAAUAACCCUGCCAAUGUUCUUAUCUGCUUACAGUUUAUCUGUAAAUAUUCACGAAACCAUUUCCAUUCUUUUAUAAAAAAAAAAGUUAUCUUGAUUUCUUAUUUGUCUGGUAAGUUAUGCCAUUUCUGCAUCUUCCAUAAGUUUUUGUAUCCAUUCUUCCUUUGCUGGGACUUCUGCUUCUUUCCAUUUUGGGGCAAGUAACAUUCUUGCUUUUUUACAAAAGCUAUUCUAAACAUCCUUUUCAAUUCAUUAUACAGUGGUACCUCGGGUUACAUACGCUUCAGGUUACAGACUCCGCUAACCCAGAAAUAUUACCUCGGGUUAAGAACUUUGCUUCAGGAUGAGAACAGAAAUCAUGCUCCGGUGGCGCAGCAGCAGCAGGAGGCCCCUUUAGCUAAAGUGGUGCUUCAGGUUAACAGUUUCAGGUUAAGAACAGACCUCCGGAACAAAUUAAGUUCUUAACCCAAGGUACCACUGUAUAUUAUUUCCCAGUAAGCUUCAACCUUACUACAAGACCACCACAUAUGAUAAAAAGAUAAAACGGUUAUUUUUAUCAUAUGUUCUUUUUUUUAAAUCUGGGCUGGUUGUAAGGAGGCAGGUGGAUAAGAAGUCUGUUGAGAACACUUGGUGUGCCCUGAUGAACCAGACACUGGCGGAUAUGAGAUUGGGCUGGGUAGUACUUUCACGGAGGCAAAGUUCUUGCCUUUGGAAUGGAUGCCAACCCUAAGUAAACUCUGCCUCUCUUUAUUUCCUAGGCCUCACGGGGACAAGAUGGUCAAAGUCGUGCGGGACUUCCUCUAUGCCCAGGAAGUACAAUCGCCCAUCGAACUGUAUUCUGCCUGGCUGCUGGUGGGGCAUGUGGACGAGUUCAUGUGUUUCGUCCCAGCCUCUGACAGGAAGGUACUGCCAUGGAUGCAGAGGGAUGGUGUGAGGCCAUAGCUGUCAACCGUCCUUUAUUUGGCGGGGAAGUCCCUUAUCCCAGCGCUGUGUCCCGCAGCUGUCCCUUAUUGGUGAUGUCCUUUAAAUUUCCUGGGUUUCAAAGGAAGCAGCUCCUCUCCCUCCCUCCCCUGCCGGCCAGGGAGGAGGGAGGCUCCAACUGUGUUGCUUGGCUGCGUUGCUCACCCAAUAAGGAGUCUAAGAACGACUGGGGUGGUGGAGCUUGUAUGCCUUGUGCCGAUCAAAUCAGCCAUGUUGCCUGGGGACUCACCUUUGCUCAGCGCUUCCCAGCGGAGAGGUGACAGUGGUUUUCCUUGCUGCAUCCCCUUUGCCGGAUUGCUGUGCUGUGGGAACCACUGCUUGAGGCUUCGUUUGGCUGCUGGCUGGGCUUUCUGCCUUUGGCUCACAGGGGCUCAGAAGUUGAACAUACCUGUGCUCGGAAAAUCCCUUAUUUCGGCUGCUGAUCCCUUUUUUUCGAGGCUGCUGGUCCCUUAUUUUCAAAUCUGUAAGUUGACAGCUAUGUGCAAGGCACUAACUGGAGAAGGGAAGAAGGCUCAGAACCAGGGGAUUGGUGGUGGGGUGAUGAGUGGUCAGAGGGAGACGAUGAAGCAGACUGAGAGGAGGAGGUUUUGGAAGCUGAAGAGACAACAGGGUUUAGUGAGCAGGAAGAGGCUGUGGCAGAGAGCAAUCCAGAUGCAGAGGCGGGAGAGGAGAGGAACAAGGCAACAGAUAAGGCUGGCUGCAGAAGAACCCAGGAAGCCUCCCUCUGCUGCCAUGACUGGCUCCUCUCCCCCUUGGUCUCCCAGAACAUGAAGAGAAAUAAAAACGGCAGAGUAAUGAGAAACUAGGUGAAGGAAUCUGAGAUUACUUGGGAAGGACUCAGGAGAGUGUUGGGGAGUGGUGGGAAGGCUACUUCAAUCCUACUGGCAAGUGUUUUUGUGAUCGCUGUUUGGGUUUCUUUGAAUAAAGAGUUAACGCCCCUGCCAAUGGGUGUUUUGUUGCUGACUCCAGCUCCUGACAGGUACACCCUGUCCACUGCUUCCAGCCUUUAAGUGCAUUUUAACCUGUUUACUCAGAGGAUAUUUGUUCCCUCAUAUUUUGAAACCCGCCCAAUCUAAAAGGCAGUGAACAGAAGCUGUUGGCAACAUAGGUAAUAAUGAUAAUAAUAAUAAUAAUGUAUUAUUUAUACCCCACCCGACUGGCUGGGCCUCCCGAGCCACUCUGGCCAUUUCCCAGCAGAAUAUUAAAAACACGCUAAAACAUCAAACAUUAAAAACUUCCCUAUACAUGGCUGCUUUCAGAUGUUUUCUAGAAGUCAGGUAGCUGUUUAUUUCCACAAGGCGGGCGCCACUCCCGAGAAGGCCCUCUGCCUGGUUCCUUGUAACCUCGCUUCUUGCAGGGAGGGAACCGCCAGAAAGCCCUCAGUGUCUGGGCUGAACAAUGGGGUGGAGACGCUCCUUCAGGUAUACUGGGCUGAGGCCGUUUAGGGCUUUAAAGGUCAGCACCAACACUGAAUUGUGCUUGGAAACUUUGGGAGCCAAUGUGGGUUUUUCAGGACCGGUGUUAUGUGGUCUUGGUGGCUGCUCCCAGUCACCAGUCUAGCUGCCACAUUCUGGAUUAGUUGUCAUUUCUGGGUCACCACUCUGGCAAGACAGUCUGCGGGCAGGUAGGGUCUCAGCCUGCGUACCGAUGGAGCUGGUAGGCAGCUGCAGUUCCAGAGGGCACCAUGUUGGCUACCCCUGAGCUGCAAGUACAUUUUGCAGCCUGUCUCACUUCAUUCCCUCUGUUCCUCUCCAGGGUUUCCGCCUGCUUCUGGCCAGCCCCAGUCGCUGCUACAAGCUUCUGAAGGAGAAGGAGCAAGAGGGGUACGGCGAUGCCAUGAUGUUUGAUGGUAAGGUGGCUCUCCUUUCUCCUCUGCAGGAGCUGACAUGAAGUCUGGGCAGGAAGUUGCAUACUUUGCAUUAAGGCCCCAAGUAGCUAAACCUCACAACUAAACUACCCCAUCUCACUCCAAGGGGUUGUUGUGUUUUGCUCAAAAUCAGGGGUGGGGAACCUCAAGCCUGGGGGCCAAAUAUGGCCCCCCAAAGUCUUAUUUACCUGACUCUCAUCUGAGCUAAAUAUUACAGUGCAGUAUGGAGCUGAGGACAUGUAUUUUGAACCAGUAAUUUAAGGGGUGGUGGUGGGGAACAUAACAGUCAUAACAUGAAUGAAGCAGCCACCUGAUUCUUAUUACAGGGCUAGGCAAAGACGACAAAGAAAUUUCAAUAACAACAAUCCUGGCUGACAAAUCCUUGAGGAGCAUCAAUGAGUAUUACCAGGUAAUUGUCACACCCCUUUCCCCCAGAUAAUGACACAUAGUCAUUUGGUUAUGAACCUGGACACUUUCUAAAUGAUAUUCAUUGUGAUGGCGAGUCUGACUGACGGAUGUUCACCUAGUGAGCUUCAUGGCAGAGUGGAGAUUUUAAUUCUGGCGUCCAGUGUUCUUGAGCCACACCCUAACCGCUAUACAAUAUAGAUCCUUUCCUCUGUGCUGGAAUAGAAAUCUGCAGAUCACAGGGAGGCAGCGACAGGCUCCCUGCCCUGUGCUUGUGGGCGACAGGCUCCCUGCCCUGUGCUUGUGGCAGAGAAGUUCCCUGGCACAGACAUGCUGUUGCAGAUGCACACGAGCUGCAAGGGAAUCUGUAAGGGAAAGGGAAAUUGUCAUUUGAGUUGGGAUGAGUUCACGGGGUGUUAGAGACAGGAGCAGCUUUGUGGGGGAUGAAGACCCAUGAAGUGAUAAAGGGAAUGGCAGAUAAAGAGGAAGUAGGCUGGAAGGGACAAGGAUGAAGCCCAGAGGUUCCAAGGAAAGCUUUUGUGGAACUGAGAAAGUCAGGAAGGCUGCAUGCUUGGGACUGAGUAUGUGUCAGUCUGGUCAAAAGAGACAAGCUAAGGAGAAAGGACCAUUGUUCAGUGGUAGAGCACCUGCCUUGCAUGUGGGAUGUCAAAGGUUCAGUCCCCCAUGGCAUCUCUAAGUGGGGCAUCUGAAAACCCUGGAGAGUCAUUGCUGCUAGUCAGUGUAGAGGAAACUGGGCAGUUAGAGGGAAUCUGAGAAGGCACAAAAACUGGUGUAGAGACUGAAGUGCCAAGGAUCCCACUGUUGGGAAAUUGGUGGUAUGCUAUGGAACAGAAGCUACUGUUUAUGUGCAAGGCCACAAACACACACCAUGCAAUCUGUGGCAGUGUUAGGAAAUUCCACCAGGAGCAUGACUCUAUUGACACACCUGUCAAAUCUUUAACUGCAUUGUGCCUUCACUUGUAGUGAUGCAAUGGAUUCCUCUCUCUGAGGCAUAUCUUCUCUCACUUCCUAGAAAUGCAUUGACUGGAACAGAGACCUCCUCAAAGAGGAGCUGGAACUGGAAGAGGAGGACAUCAUCGACAUCCCCCAGCUCUUCACUCGCUCUUCUUACAGCCCCAGCAAAGCUGUUGCUUACUUCCCGGACAUAGUAAGGCUCUGCUCAAAAGGUCCUUUUGUAAUGAGCCACCACACAUGCCAGACAGAUCCCUGGCCACAGAUGCGGUUUUCUCCCUAAGGGGCCAGAUUUGGCCCACUGGCCUCAAGUGCCCGACACUUCCAUGGGGCAAGGGGGUGGCCUGGUUGGCAAGAUGCAGCAGUUAGGGCAAUGAUAGAGAAUGUUUGUCAUGGAGGUCCUGGGUGCAGCAUCUACAAAUAGGGUUGCGAAUGUUGCUGACAAUCUUUGAACUGGAUGAAUCCAAGGGUCUGAUGCUGUGCAAGGUAGCCCCCCCCCCCCAAUUCCUGUCUGGAGCUGCUCUUAAAAUGACAGCGUCUCCCACCCCACCCCCAAUUUUUUUUUUUUUAUGUCAACACUUUACUUGGGUACCGUAUUUUUCGCUCUAUAAGACGCACUUUUUUCCUCCUUAAACGUAAGGGGAAAUGUGUGUGCAUUUUAUGGAGCGAAUGCAGGCUGCGCGGCUAAGCCAGAACAAGGAGAGGAAGCGCUGUGCAGCGCUGCGCGCUGUCUUGCUGUUCUAGCUUUGGGCUUAGCUGUGCAAAGCCUCCGCAGGGCAGCGGGGUGCCUUCAUCCCUGGGCUGUCCCAGAAGCCUCUGCGGAGGCUUCACUCAAAGCUAGACCAGCUAGAGGGAGCGCUGUGCAGCGCUCUCUCUAGCUAUUCUGGCUUUUGGAUAGCCCCCGCGAAGCCUCUGUAGGGCAGCAGGACGAAGGCUUCCCGCUGCCCUGCGGAGGUUUCACACGGUUCUUGCGGGAAGGGGGGGAGGGACAGAGUGCGCGGCUCUGUCCCCCCACGUCUCAGAAAAGCCCAAGAACCGUGCUCCCUUUAAAAAGCACGUGGUUCUUGCGGGAGAUGGGGGAAGGUACAGAGGGCAGCUUAGAGGGACGCGGGUGGCGCUGUGAGUAAAACCUGAGUGCCUAGGACUUGCCGAUCGUAUGGUCGGCGGUUCAAAUCCCCGCGGCGGGGUGAGCUCCCGCCGUUCGGACCCAGCUCCUGCCCACCUAGCAGUUCAAAAGCACUCUUAAGUGCAAGUAGAUAAAUAGGUACCGCUUUAUAGCGGGAAGGUAAACGGCGUUUCCGUGUGCUGCGCUGGUGCUGGCUCGCCAGCUGCAGCUUCGUCACGCUGGCCACGUGACCCAGAAGUGUCCUCGGACGGCGCCGGCUCACGGCCUCUAGAGCAAGAUGAGCACGCAACCCUAGAGUCGGAGACGACUGGCCCGUACGGGCAGGGGUACCUUUACCUUUACAGAGGGCAGCUUACCCGCGCACAGCCACUUCCGGGCAGGGGGAGCCUUCAUCCCACUGCCCGGGAGAGGCUUCAGCGGCUAUCCCAGAAGCCAGAUCUCUCUUGCUGUUCUGGAUUCUGAGAUUCAGAAUUAUUAUUUUUUGUCCCCCCGCCAAAAAAACUAGGUGCGUCAUAUCAUCGGUGCAUCCUAUAGAGCGAAAAAUAUGGUAAUUUCCAGUGAGUGGAUAUUGCGAGGAAGACUCUGGAGCAAAGGGUUAUAAAUGCCCAUAGCAGUUUCAGAGUCCGCUUCUCACAGGCAACCCAUGUCUCAUUUGCAGGUGAACAUGCUUGUCCUGGGAAAAUACCUGGGCAUCCCAAAGCCCUUUGGACCCAUCAUCCAUGAGCAGUGCUGCUUGGAAGAGGAGGUCCGCCGUCUGCUGGAGCCGCUCGGGCUGUCCUGCACCUUCAUAGACGACUACGAAACCUACCACAAGGAUCUCGGCGAGGUCCACUGUGGCACCAACGUCCGACGCAAGGCCUUUUCCUUCAAGUGGUGGAACAUGACCCCUUGA